AUGAUCUGCGCUCUGGGGCGUCACAGCUUUUGGCCUUGUUCUCGCUUUGUUGUCCUGUUCAUCAAUAUACCGACCCUAUUUGGCGUGACUCCCGGCUUUCCUAAUCUGGAAGUAAUCGAAGUCAAGGAGCAAGGGAACGGCACUAAGGUCAAAUACAACAACUUGAAAGUUCGCCGCUUGCUAGAAGAGGCAGCUGAAAAUUUUAUGCUCGGAUUGGCGACGGUCGAUAAAAGUGUCCUGGAAUGGCUUGCCAACGACUGCACCAUGAUCGACCCUUCACUCGACAAAAAGAGUCAUUCAGACUACGUCGUCCAUGGAAAGAGCAACAUAAUCAAAGCACUUGGAAGCGACAGUCCAACUGCAUAUCAAGUCAGAACCAGCAGAUUUAUCCCAGUCUCUACAGUUGUCGUACAGGGCCAAAUCUUCUCUUUCUGGGAAGGGUUAAUACGGGAAAGCACGACUAAGGGGGCGAACAAGGCCAAGGAGGCGAGCAAGACUAAAGAGUCGCUCAGGGCGGAGGAAAAUAUGAAAGGGGACUUCCGCGUCGGCAAGUUCGGGGCAGCCUUUGUGAUAUGCCUCGGCAAAAAUGUCAUGAUCAAGAGAGUGGAGUUCAGGCAAGCGUUCUCAAGAACGACUUCCUGGUGUUUUGGCAUCGCAACUUCUUCAACGACAUCCUCCAGCUGCAUGUCCGGCAAGCUCGCUCUUCCUUAUCCUACUCACUGUGAACGCGAAGGAGCCUCCAAGGGGCUGUCAACAUCACUUGCCAUAAUUCCUCCUGAUCUUCUGUCGCCCCACCCAAAACAACACGACGUCCAUCUACGCUCUGCGCUCGCGGUUCUUUGCCAUCAUCCCAUAACCUCGCAGAGUCUCUCCGUUGUCUGGUAUAUAUCCGAAUACAGGCAGAGGCUCCCCAUUGAUUUCGUCUUCACCAUGAAUGGUUCCCCCGAAAUUGACCCCGUCCAGGAAGCCAUCCACUUCUGGUGCAAUGACGAGAACGUAGAUUGGCUCGAAGAAAUAUUGCAUACUCAUCUCCAACCCCUCAUAGACAACAUCAACGCCGGAGGUCUCCAUAGCAGCUGGGAAUGGUUCACCGACGACGCGACUCUGACGACAAGCAUCAAUCUUCCACGCUGCGAAGGAACAACCUUUGAAGGAAGAGAAGCAAUCAACGAUUACUUCGCCAGCCAAUACAAUGCUGAACCCCGUAUGAAGUUUGUUCCACUCCUUUGCACCUACGGUCAAGGCCACAUGGCAUGCCAUGCAUGGUAUGGACUCGACGAUGAACAUGGCCUUUCCAGCCCUCGCGAUCAUCAGCUCCUCAUCACGGCGGACUUCAACGAUUACCACAGACUAGUCAGCAUGGAAAUCAGCGAGUAUACGGUUGCAGGGCCGGCAUCUUAUAUUGAGACAGUAGACAAUUGCGUCGCUUGUAGGGCCAUGGCUUCCAUGAGGCGAGAGAGACAGAUGGAAGAGGACGCGGAUGAUAGCAUAGAUGAUGAAGCCUACUCGGAUUGGCCUUAUCGCAAUGACGACCACGACCACUAA